GGCUGGGCGCUGAGUUUCGGGCGAUACCGCGCGGCGGCCGCCGGGGGCCCGGCGCGUAGCUGGGGUCUUGGGCGUCGUGGGAGGAACUCUGCUCCCCUCUGACCUCCGUGUACCCGUGCGGUUAGGGGAAGGUCUCCUCGAGUGUCAGCUCGUCAGGAUCGUGGGUAGACGCACACCCGAGGGGACGUGCAAGCUUGCUCGCGACCGACUGAAACUCGGGAAUCGUGUGAGGCAGUGGCAGAAAUGCUGAGCUUCCUGAGAAGAACGCUUGGCCGCCGGUCUAUGCGUAAACAUGCUGAGAGGGAGCGACUCCGAGAGGCACAGCGUGCUGCCACGCACAUUCCUGCAGCUGGAGAUGCCAAGUCCAUCAUCACGUGCAGGGUGUCCCUUCUGGAUGGUACAGAUGUUAGUGUGGACUUGCCGAAAAAAGCCAAAGGACAGGAGCUGUUCGAUCAAAUUAUGUAUCACCUGGACUUGAUUGAAAGUGACUAUUUUGGUCUGAGAUUCAUGGAUUCGGCCCAAGUAGCUCAUUGGUUGGAUGGUACAAAAAGCAUCAAAAAGCAAGUAAAAAUUGGUUCACCCUAUUGUCUUCAUCUUCGGGUUAAGUUUUAUUCCUCGGAACCAAACAAUCUUCGUGAGGAGCUAACCCGGUAUUUAUUUGUUCUGCAGUUAAAACAAGAUAUUCUCAGUGGGAAAUUAGAGUGUCCCUUUGAUACAGCCGUUCAGUUGGCCGCUUAUAAUCUGCAAGCUGAGCUUGGUGACUAUGAUCUGGCUGAACAUAGUCCUGAACUUGUCUCCGAGUUCAGAUUUGUGCCCAUUCAAACCGAAGAGAUGGAGCUGGCUAUUUUUGAGAAAUGGAAGGAAUACAGAGGUCAGACACCAGCACAAGCUGAAACCAAUUAUUUGAAUAAAGCCAAAUGGCUAGAAAUGUAUGGAGUUGAUAUGCACGUGGUCAAGGCUAGAGAUGGGAAUGACUAUAGCUUGGGACUAACUCCAACAGGAGUCCUUGUUUUUGAAGGAGAAACCAAAAUCGGCUUGUUUUUCUGGCCCAAGAUAACCAGAUUGGAUUUUAAGAAAAAUAAAUUAACUCUGGUGGUUGUGGAAGAUGACGAUCAGGGUAAAGAACAAGAGCACACCUUUGUCUUUAGACUGGAUCAUCCAAAGGCCUGCAAACACUUAUGGAAAUGUGCAGUGGAGCACCACGCCUUCUUCCGUCUCCGAGGACCUGUCCAAAAGAGUUCUCAUCGAUCGGGAUUCAUUCGACUAGGAUCACGAUUUAGAUAUAGUGGAAAAACUGAAUAUCAGACCACAAAAACUAACAAAGCAAGAAGAUCGACCUCCUUUGAAAGAAGGCCUAGCAAGCGAUACUCCCGGCGGACCCUACAGAUGAAAGCAAGCACAACAAAACCUGAAGAUCUUGGUGUUCAUGAUACUUCAACCCAGAAUAAUGACUCCCAACAGGCUUGGGGUGUGAGGUCUCCUGUGCCUGUGAUCCCUUCCUCAACCUCUGGUCCUGUGCUGGUGGAGAUAGAGAAUCUUCCGCAGAAUUCUGCAGCAAACCAACACGACAGGAAAUGCUUGCCUCUGAAUGUUGAAUUGCUAAAUAGCCCAGACUUACUAGAAACAACCAUUGGUGAUGUAACAAGGACAUCAAAUACUUGGGAAACAUCCCUAGCACCAGAUGACCUUAAUGUAGCCACCAGGUCAAAUGAAUUAGAGGAACCCAAAGUGGAAUCUGAGACAUUAAAAGAUGACACAGAGAAACUUAAAGAGCUCGAAAUGGAGCGGAAUAUCUUGCCAUCUCCUCGACCUCCCAUUGACAUUAAUGUCAACAGCCAGGAAGAAGUGGUAAAGUUGACUGAGAAAUGUCUUAAUAAUGCCAUUGAGAGCCCAGGAUUGAAUGCAGUAAGGGUUCCUCCUGACUUCAAGAGCAAUAUUUUGAAGGCUCAAGUAGAAGCAGUGCAUAAGGCUUCAAGAGAAGAUAAUUUAACUCAAAAAAAUGCCAGCAUUCAGGAUGCUGCCACAAACAGCACUGUAAAUGAGGAUGUGUCCCCGUGCAGAGACUCUCCCACUCCGACGCAUGCCACAGCUGCAGACAGUGGGUCUGCACUCAAGGAUGCGACAGAUGAAUUGGAUGCCUUACUUCUUUCUCUAACUGAGAAUUUGAUGGACCACACAGUCACACCUCAGGUGUCUUCGUCAUCCAUGAUCACACCCCGGUGGAUUAUUCCAAGUGCUGCCGUCUCCAACAGGCUCACAGGGUGUGGACCGUCUGUGGCCGGGACCGAAGAGUGUGGUACUAAAGACGGAUUCUCACUCAUCUCCCCCCCAGCACCGUUCUUGGUAGAUGCUGUGACCAGCUCGGCUCCUCUGGCUGUAGACCCAGCCUUGAAGCAGAAGUCCUUGCUGACCACUGAGCUCUGAGGGCUGCUGCUCCUGCUGGAUCUUGAAUGCCCCACGCUGUCCUGUCAGCCCUGGAUCCAGCCCAGCGAGUCCUUUACUUGGAGAAAAGCUUCUCCCUGGAUUGACGUUUUCCGUCCGACUGGAAGUCUGCCCCACAUAACUGAAGAUAGCCUCCUCCUCUUCCAAUCCCCCAUCAUCAAAAUUCAUUAGCUCCCGGCAAACUCUUGGCUCCACCUAGCGGUCCCAGCUGUUUAUGGCAGCCUGUGGCAAGGCUUGCUGUCCAGAGCCUUUUCACUGCCGUUUCCUGUGACGACCCGAAAGCCUGCUGGAGAAACGAGUGGCGAGUGGCGUUCCCCGCACCGUCCUGAAGGGGAACUUGGGAAGAGAUGGAAGCACUGUAGGUGGAUCCCAGGCCAGCUCUCAGUCGCAGCACUCUAAGGACGCUGAGAGAUGGAGGCUUUGUGUCAGCCACCCUCUGCGGCCUGAGCAGUAACCAUCUUACUGCUCUGAACUUGAUUCAGAGAUGUUAGGAACUACCGAGUGAUCAUCUCCAGCCUUGUGCUCCCCAGACCCCUUUCCUAGAGGAAGGAUCCGCAUCACUCCCGUCUGUAACUUUGCAGCGGAGGAGGGAGCAGGUGUCUGGUCAGAGCCCUGAGUCCUCCACCUGCGGCCUGUGCUGUCUGUGCUGAGCCAGUGGGAAUGCAACCCUAAUUGGCUUAUAGCUGUGAAGGUCAGCGCAGCAGCCUCCAAACCAGGACCUGUUUAGACACAGCCUCCAGUUCCUUUCCGCGUACGCUGAGUGAAAAGAAAAGGGAAACGCCGAGCAGAGAUGGGGAAUGGUGGCGAGAGGGACCGGGUUCUUGAAGAAUCCACUAGGAAGCUAUGCACAGUGUAGUGAAUGAAGGCAGCCUACAUUAGGGUUUUGUAUCCGCUUUAAAGUUCUCUAGAAUUCCAUAUUCUCUGUACCCAAAGAAGUUCUGAUGUUGAAGUGGUACGUGCUCAUCACAGAAAGUAUAUGGAUAUGGACCUGAGCCAGCACAGAGAAUGACACCAAAGUAGCUCAGAUGUGUGGGCUGGAAGAUGAGGACCUCAGCUGCCAUGGGGACUGGGGAAGCCACUGGUGUUGCCCUCUCACCAAGCACCGAUGUUAUCCGGUUUCUGCCUGUCAUGUGAUGUGUGUACGGUUGAGCACUCAUUCUUCCCAGCUAAGAGAACAUCCAGCUCUGUGGUUCAGAUGCUGUGAUCUGGACUACCCUGGCUUCCCCAUUGCAUAUUAUGUGUUUAGGCAGAUGCUAGUGUCUAACUGGGAAGCUUGGGGAUUCGGCCUUACAGUUUCGAGGGGAGCUGGACAGUUAGAAAGCACUUUUGCGAAAGGAGACAGAACUGCCCUUUUUGCUGGCUGGCUCCCCUUAGCCAGUAGGCGGCUCGUGCAUUUCCCUGGCAGUAUUUUUCCAGUCCUCAGUAUUAAGACAUUCCUCACAGUGUGGGACCUAGAACCCGGGGCUUGCUCCAGGACACUGGGCUGGGUCCUGGGCGGCCUACAUAGUCUGCUGUGCUGCUAACCACACAAUGGCUAAGGCAUGGUGGCUUAGAAGUCCUACGUGUCUCAUCCUGUGUAGGCUCGAGCACUGUACCCCGUAGCAUCUGUGUCUCCAGGUACCUGAAUUCUGGCAGUCAGAGUAUUGCUAGGGACUUUGUUAGGGGUCACUUAGAUCUCCAGAGAAAAGAAAUCCUCUGUCCUAGUGUCGAGUCUUAAGUUAGAACUAACGCUUGAGCGAUGCAUUUGCCCCGACAGAUCAGACACAUGUCAGACUUGUCAGAGGGUGUUGUAUCGCGACAGACCCGGGGGCACCUGGAAGUGGUAGGUGAAGCUGUCAAGAAUGGGUAGACUGAGGCGGAGGUGACAGCUGGGUAGGAAGGGGCAGCCGCCCUUCUGUGCCCAGGGAGCAGCCAGACAAAGAGCCUGGGGUCAGUAAGAUGUGAAGUUGCAGUUAGCAGUCCUAGACUCCACCUCAGCUCUGGAAAGGAAUCUGUCUGUCCGUGUGAGUAUGUAAAUGAUCUGGAGACCAGCAGCCCUCUCCACACGGGCGGCACUCCCGGUUGUCUCUCCUGAUCCUCAGGAGGUUGCUGGACAGAGCCAGGAGCAGACUCCUUCGCGUCUUACAUUGCUUUGAGAAAAAUUCUUGUGGAAAUGUUCUUUCCGUGUCCUGCUGACGGACGGUGGGCACUUCCUUUGCACAGGCUCAGGCGCCCUGGGUGUGUCUGCUCAUGAGACCUCUGAGCUCUUUCUAGGAUCUACUGCUUGCUCUUCCUCCCAUUUCUGGCUAAAACUUGGACCUCUCUUCUCUUCACUGAGCCCCAGGAAGUCUUGCUGUCGUUUGCAAGAUUGUGUAGUCGCUCAACUGAUGAAGAACUUGGAGUUUUUUGUUUGUUUUAUGCUUUGGGUGUUUUUUGCUUUAUGCUUUUUUUUUUUUUGGCUUUUUUUUUUUUUUUAGACAGGGUUUCUCUGUGUAGCUCUGGCUGUCUGAACCCCCUCCAUAGACCAGGCUAGUCUGGAACUCAGAAAUCUGCCUGCCUCAGCCUCCCAAAUGCUGGGAUUAAGGGGAUGCUCCACCGCCACCCGGCAACUUGGCUGUUUUCUAAGCAAAGGUUUUAAGGAACAAAAUCCUUGUCUUCUCAUUUAGCAAGUAUCAUUUACUCAUUUGUUGUUUUACUUUGUUCUGCUGUUUUGAGACAGAGUCUCGGUGUGUAGCCCAGGGUGGUCUUAAACUCACAGGACUUCUCCUGUCUCACUUUCCAAGUACAGAAAUCUCAGACAUGAACUGCCAGACCUAGUGUAUGUUGUACUGACAAGGUUUUGGUUGGUUGGUUUUGGGUUUUGAGUUGCUAGGGACCAGAACCAGGACGUUGGACUGAGAGUGGCAGCACCUGCAGGAACCCCAGCACUCAGCAGGCAGAGGCGGGUGGAUCUCUGUGAGCUGCAGGCAGACCAAGGCCUGAGGCCCUUGUCUCACUCUGCCCCUGAUCCAGAGCUGGAGACCACAAACAGUUCACCACUGUGCUGCUGCUGCCCAGCACCGCCAGGGCCAGUGCCCGGGAGCAUAGCUGUGCCCACUAAAGCUUGUUUAUAACCAAGCUCCAAGCCAGUGCUUCUCAACCUGUGGGUCACCACCCCUUUGGGGGCCACAUAUCCGAUAUCCUACAUAUCAGAUACUGACAUUGUGAUUCAUAACAGUAGCAAACAUACAGUUAUGAAGUAGCAACUAAAUGAUUUUGUAGCUGGGGUCACUGUAACAGGAAGGGUCACAGCAUUAGGAAGGUUGGGAUCCGCCGCAAGUGCUGCUCCCCGGCUCUGAGAGCAGUGGAGUGUUGCUUGUCCGUGACGCUGCAAGGUGAGACCAGGUCUCAGCCGUGAGUCUCGGUGCGUUCCUGUUAAUCCAUCUCGGCCAUGGAGUUGACUGAACUCGGAUACACCUGUGUAAUAAAGAAUUCAUGUUUAUAGAUCAUUUGUACUUUUUACUGAAAAAAAAAUACCUGAGUUUGUGGGCAGUCAGGAUGGACUUUCUGGAAACAUCCCUGUGCUGCCAGGAUCGGGGAGCUCGGUUUGCGCUGGGGGAACUUGUCCUGAGCUGAGUUCUCUGUGGUUCAGAAGUUCUUGCUGGAGACUUGCUGGUGGGGCUGUAGUCCUUCCUCUCAUUGCAUUGUAGGGGGUGAUACCCGCUAAUUCUCAGGAUUUCUUCUUAUCAGAGAAGUGUGUGUGAGAGAGUCUGUGUGAGUGUGUGUGUGUGUGAGUCUGUGUGUGUCUGUAUAUAUGUGUGUGUGAGAGUCUGUGUUAUGUUGUGAGUGUGUAUGUGUUUGAGAGAGUCUGUAUUGUGUGUGUGUAUGUAUGUGAGAGAGAGUCUGUGUUAUGUUGUGAGUGUGUGUGUGAGGGAGUGUGAGUGUGUGUGAGAGAGAGUCUGUGUUAUGUUGUGAGUGUGUGUGUGAGAGAGUCUGUUAUAUUGUGAGUGUGUGUGUGAGAGUCUGUGUUAUGUUGUGUGUGUGUGAGAGAGUCUGUGUUAUGUUGUGUGUGUGAGAGAGUCUGUGUUAUAUUGUGUGUGUGAGAGAGAGAGUCUGUGUUAUGUUGUGAGUGUGUGUGUGAGAGAGAGUCUGUGUUAUGUUGUGAGUGUGUGUGUGUGAGAGAGUCUGUGUUAUAUUGUGUGUGUGAGAGAGAGUCUGUGUUAUGUUGUGAGUGUGUGUGUGUGUGUGAGUCUGUGUGAGAGAGAGUGAGUGUGUGUGUGAGUGUGUCUUUUCAUGGAGCCCUUUGCUCUCCUAGUUUUCACAUCUGGAUACAGUAGAUGGUUAUAAGAACUCUCACCAACUAUUUUGUGUUUACUUUUCUACAUGGUAAGCUCUGCAGUAGCUUUGAAACUGUAAUUUAUUUUUGUACGAGGUACACUAUAUUCAGUGAAUCCCCAUUGUAUAUGGCUUGUGUUAGAAGCACUACCCUGAACUGUGAGUAGUCUGUACACUGAACACGAUCUCUAGACAUGACCCAUUCAAAUAAA